UGCCCCAGAGCAGAACCAAAACCCACUUUGUUGUAAAGAUGGGAAAAAUGGGGUCUUCAAUGACCUCUCUCUUCGUCACUCUCCUAGUGCUAGCAGUGUCUCUCAGCUUGCCUUCUGAAACCACAGCAAACUACCCUUACGCAUCUCCUCCGCCACCACCUCACUACUACUACAAGUCACCACCUCCUCCUCCUCCGGUGUACUCUCCGCCACCACCCAAGAUACCUUACAAGUACCCGUCUCCUCCCCCACCAGUACACUAUCCUCCACCACCUUACGAGUACAAGUCUCCCCCUCCUCCUCCCCCAGUUUACAAGUACAAGUCUCCUCCACCUCCACCAAAGCACCCCUACAAGUAUAAGUCUCCUCCCCCACCACCUCCAGUUUACAAGUAUAAGUCCCCUCCACCACCACCACCAUCACCACCCAAGCACCCAUACCAGUACAAGUCUCCACCUCCACCACCCCCAGUUUACAAGUACAAGUCCCCUCCACCACCACCACCAUCACCACCCAAGCACCCAUACAAGUACAAGUCUCCUCCACCACCUCCUCCAGUCUACAAAUACAAGUCUCCUCCUCCUCCCCCUAAGGAGCCUUACAAGUAUAAGUCUCCUCCACCACCUCCUCCAGUUUACAAGUACAAGUCUCCUCCUCCUCCUCCUCCAAAGGAGCCAUACAAGUACAAGUCUCCCCCACCACCCCCUCCAGUCUACAAGUACAAGUCUCCUCCACCACCACCACCCCAUUACGUCUAUUCAUCACCCCCUCCUCCUCACCACUACUAAGCAACGGCUUUGACCGUACUGAGGAGAAGAUAAGAGUGUGAUCAAAAUAAAGGGACAAAAAUGGUUCGAAGAAACAUGCAGAGUGAGAGACAUAAAGCAGAAAGCUGGGAGCCCGGUGUCCACGUUUGAAGAGAAGAGAAGAAUAACGUAGACAAGUAGGAAAAUAGAGGGUUGAUCGUUUCCAUGUUUCACAGUUGUAUUGUUCAGUGGUCCUGCUUUGUUUUUUUUAUUAUUAUAUAAUAAAAAUCGUGUAUGUAUGUAUGUGUUUUGCAACCUUUUGCAAAUGCAUGGGUUGAUCCGUAAUAAUAAUAAUAAUAAAUCCAUUCCUCUCAAAAGAUUCUUUUAUGGUU